AACAACAGCCCCUCCCCCAAUCCCCUGCCGCCCCCCAGGCCGAAAUAUAAAACACUGGUGUGGACUCUGGCGAGCAUGUCGUCAAGUGUGAGCUGCUGCAGAUGCUCUCAGACGUGAACUCGUACGAGGACGACGGAGAGGAUGAGAUGGACGACUGCGUCAUCCAGCGCAGCAUCCACCAGGCCUGCCAGGAAGCCUUCCUCAAAUCACCUGCCAGCUUGGCACCGCCCACCGCCGAGAAUCUGCGAGUGCUGGCGGCCAUCGAGCAAGGCGAGGCGUCCACGCUGAGGGACAUGCUGAGACACGCUCGCGCCUUCGCCGAGACGGACAGUCGGGGAUGGCUCCCCCUCCAUCGAGCCGCUUCCCAGCCCAAUGCCGAAGUCCUGGAGACCGUCUUGACACGCGGGGGGCUGAACCUGGAGGAGAGGACGGGGGUGGGCGGAGAGACGGCACUCACCUUGGCGGUCAAAGGCGGCCUGGCGAGCAACGUGAGCGCCCUGCUGGCGCGCGGGGCGUCGCCGCACGCCACCAACGCCACCAACGAGUCUCCCCUGUUGCUAGCGGUGAGGGCGGGGUCGUACGCGAUGGCGGCGGCGCUGGUGUCGCACGGCGCCUGGGUGGAGCAGGUGUGCCGGAAGAAGUGGAGCGCCGUGCACGAGGCGGCCAAGGCGGGUCUCGUGGAGGUCCUGAUGCUCCUGCUGAGGAACGGCGGCCGCGUCAACCAGAAGGACGUCACCGGCGUGACGCCGCUGGCCGUGGCCGCCGAGCACGGACACUUCGCCGUCAUGGAAAUUCUGCUCAACUGUGGUAGCAGAGUCAACGCUCAGGCUUGCAACGGCGAGAGUGUCCUGUUGGAUGCCGCCGGCACAGGAAACACUUCCUGCAUCCAACUGCUGCUGGACAACGGAGCCGACCCCAACCUGGCCAGCGCCAACGGCCACCUGCCCAUCCACAAGGCCGCCUACGCCGGACACUACGAAGCGUUGAAGCUGCUCAUCCCGCUGACCAGCAAGGCGGCCAUCAAGGAGGCGGGGCUAAGUCCUCUCCACACGGCGGCAGAGGGCGGCCAGAGCGGAUGUUUGCAGCUUCUGUUGUCGCGAGGCUUCGACGUCAACUUCCGCAUGAGCAGCAGGAAGUCAGAGAACUACCGCGACAUGAGGAGGAGCGCUUUGUACUUUGCCGUUUCCAACGGCGACGCCGAGUGCACCAGAGUCCUGCUGGCGGCGGGGGCCAAGACCGACCUGGACCCUCUCUGCUGCCUCCUGGUGGCCGUGCGCUCGGGACGCUACGACAUGGUGAGGCUGCUGCUGGACGCCAAGGCGGACGUCAACUGUCACUUUGGCGUGGUGAGCGACACUUCCUUCCCCACCGCGCUGCAGUACUGCCUGAAGGACCAGGUGAUGAUGAGGAUGCUCCUCAACCACGGCUACCAGGCCGAGAGAUGCUUCCGCUGUCACCACGACAACGCCUGCCCCGGAACGGAAGAGGUGGAGGACAAAAUUCCUUUUUGUGACUUCAUGAGCUUGUGCUGCCUGGUCCACCUGGCUGGAGGUGUGGUCAGGACUCUGCUGGACUACUUGGACCAGGUCCACAUCUGCUCCAAGCUCAGACACGUCUUGGAGAAACAGCCUGAGUGGACGCAAAUACUGGACAUUCUGCGCAGUCCUCGCUCCCUGGGACACCUGUGCAGGUUGUCCAUCAGAAGACGUUUGACCCUCAAGAGGCUCAACAACACAGAGGUCAUGAACUCUGACCUGUUCCCUCCCGGCCUAAGAAGUUUCAUCCUGUACCGCGACCUUGACCUCUACAAGGACAAAUAUUGAAUGGUGAUGAUUUUUUUCUACAUCUGUCAAGUUUGUGCUCGUCCACGGCGUUAGUGCAAGUGUUAGCGGGGGCGGGGCUUAUAGUGGAGUUAAAAAAAAAAAGUAUCCUUCACGUCUCGUUUUACCGUGUUCACUUUUUUGAAGUUUGCCUAAAACCCCCGAUGAAGCCUCAAAGAGGUCAAAGGUGAAAGUGCUAACCUCGUUUCAAUGUGUGAUGAAUGCUAAUGAGGUCAUGAAUAUUCAUAGCCUCUUUAUUGUUUGUUGUGGAAAAUGUGACAUCAUCAGCAGGUGAGGGCUACUAAUAGUACCUGUGUGUGUGUGUGUGCGUGUGUGUGUACUUGCGUAUGUUUGUAUGUGUGUGUCUGUGUGUGUACUUGCAUAUGUUUGUAUGAGUGUGUCUGUGUUUUUGUGCGUGUGUACUUGCGUAUGUUUGUAUGUGUGUGUGUCUGUGUACUUGCGUAUCUUUGUAUGUGUGUGUGUGUACUUGUGUAUGUUUGUAUGUGUGUGUCUGUGUUUUUGUGCGUCUGUGUGUGUACUUGCGUAUGUUUGUAUGUGUGUCUGUGUUUUUGUGCGUCUGUGUGUACUUGCAUAUGUUUGUAUGUGUGUGUCUGUGUGUGUACUUGCGUAUGUUUGUAUGAGUGUGUGUGUGUUUUUGUGCGUCUGUGUGUGUACUUGCGUAUGUUUGUAUGUGUGUGGGUCUGUGUACUUGUGUAUCUUUGUAUGUGUGUGUUUGACUGUGUGUGUGUGUGUACUUGCGUAUGUUUGUAUGUGUGUGUCUGUGUUUUUGUGCGUCUGUGUGUACUUGCGUAUGUUUGUAUGUGUGUGUGUGUCUGUACUUGCGUAUGUGUGUACUUGCGUAUGUUUGUAUGUGUGUGCGUGUCUGUACUUGCGUAUGUGUGUACUUGCGUAUGUUUGUAUGUGUGUGCGUGUCUGUACUUGCGUAUGUGUGAGUGUGUCUGUGUUUUUGUGUGAGUACUUGCGUAUGUUUGGAUGUGUGCCUGUGUGUGUGUGUAUGUAUAUAGUGUUUGCAUGUAUGGGUGUGUGCAGGAUUGUGUGUGUGUGUGUUUACGUGUGUGUGCGCGUGUUUGUAUGUAUGUGUACAUGUAUGUUUGUAUGUAAUAUACAGAUACUGUAUGUCAUACAUACGCAGUGCAAUAUACAGAUACUGUAUGUUGUACAGACACAGUUUACUAUACAUAUAAUACACCAAAAUGAGUAAUUAUACAUAUAGUUUGGAUAUAAUGAAUGUGUUUUGCCCACGGUCCAGACUUGAUGAGUGCGUACAAAUAAGUAAAAGUACAAAUACUCACCUGAUGAAGACGGAGAUCACGGAACAGGAAGUGGUUUCCAGAGCGACACCGCUCCCUGGUGGUCUUUUAUCCACACGGCAGGAAGUAGCCCCAAGACAACAAGCCAGACUGUCCUCCUGUUCUAUGGUUAUGUGUGAGUGACGGCAUCAUAAAAAAGCCAAAGAAAAAGCUCAACACACCUGGCGUAGCAGUAGUUUAAUAGGAGUUGUGUUCGCCCAUUUGCUGCCCCCUGCUGGUCACUGCUUCACUUUCCUUCUUUGUUUUUGAACUUGAUUGAAUGACUUUCAGGUGGCAGACAUGAAGAUGAAUUCACAAAUUACAUUUUGGCAAAGUAUUUCCAUUGUUUGUUGUAUCAGACUGAACUUUUCUUACCGUUUUGCUGUGAAAUAAAGUUUUUCCUUACCAAC